AUGUUUAGCCAAGAAGCAGUGCGAUCCUACUACUUGUCUUCCUGGUUUCCACAUGGGGUUGGUGUAGGUGGAAGGCUGGUUCUUGUAGAGUACAGAAAUAAAGACCCAAAUCAUGUGGAGUGGGCUAAAGCUUUGAAGGAGCUUUAUGUACCAGGUUUAAGGGAUUAUGUGAAAACUCACUAUCCUUUGGGUCCUGUAUGGAGUGCCACAGGAAAAACAACUGUAUCUGCUCCCUUAAAAACUCCUACCUCAAUUGCUCCUGCUCCUCCACCUCCUCCGCCAGCUUCACUCUUCAGUUCUGAAUCUCCUCAGCCGUCAGCUUCACACCCAAAGGAAGGAAUGGCUGCUGUUUUUCAAGAAAUUGGUUCAGGAAAGUCGGUGACAGCUGGUUUGAGGAAAGUCACAGCUGAUAUGAAAACAAAGAACCUUUCUGAUAGAACUAGCGUUGUUACUGCUAGUGAAAAAGGUCAUGUUAGUUCCUCCUCAUUCUCUAAAGCAGGUCCUGCAAAGUUAGAGCUUCAAAUGGGUCGGAAGUGGGUAGUUGAGAAUCAAAUUGGAAGAAAGAAUUUAGUCAUUGAUGACUGUGAUGCAAAGCAAACAGUUUAUAUUUUUGGAUGCAAAGAUUCUGUUCUACAGAUCCAAGGAAAAGUUAACAACAUAACUGUUGACAAAUGCACGAAGAUGGGUGUUGUAUUCACGGUUAGUGAGGAAAAUUUUCAAUACUAUAGCAGAAUUUUGAACUUUAGAACUAUAUGUAUAGCAAAAGUUUUGGGCUCUAAUUGA